AUGACGCCUCGGCCCUCCCCACUGCGUCCUCACGUCAGCGCCGCGGAGCGCCUUCGCUGCUGGCGCCCACGAUCCGCACGCUCCUCCCCCACGCCGGCUGGCACUGGCCCGCUGUCGUUGUCGGCGCAACGCGACCGCAUCCUCACUAUCAUGGAGCGUUCCUGGGCCGAGUCCACGCGGGCAACGUACGCGACAGGCCUCCUUGUAUUCCAUGUAUACUGUGACGUCUACUCCGUCGCGGAGGAAGAGCGCUGCCCAGUCUCCCCCUUCCUCCUCCUUUCUUUCCUCGCCACUUGCGCCGGCUCCUACUCCCGGUCUUCUCUCGCCAACUUCGCAGCAGGUUUACGGGCAUGGCAUGUCCUACACCUCCAGCCCUGGCUCAUCUCACCCCCUGAGCUCAAAGCCAUUCUCGACGGCGCUGCCCACUUCGCGCCUGCAUCCUCGACACGCCCGCGCCGUGCUCCCUUCACCACUGCCGUCCUGGAUCGUGUUAAGAACGCGCUUGACCUCACUACACCCCUUGACGCCGCCGUUUUUGCCUGCAUCACCACCAUCUUUUACUCCGUCUCCCGUGUCGGAGAGUUCACUGUUCGCAACGUUGCCACCUUCAACCCCAGGGUUCAUAUCACGCGGGCUGACGUCCAAACCCAGACCGUCGACGACGGCUCCACUGCCACCGUCUUUCGCCUCCCCUGGACCAAGGUCGCGAAAUCCGCAGGCGAAUACACCCGAUGGGUUCCCCAGCCCCACCUUGAGUCUGACCCACAAGCCGCUCUGGCCAACCACUUGCACGUCAGCCCGGGCCGGCCCACCGAUCCCCUCUUUGGGUAUGCCACCGGUGCCACGGGUCGCAUCAAACCCUUGUCUUGGCGCACGCUUAACAAGCGUCUCAAGGCCAUCCCUGCGUUCGCUGAUGAGCCUCUCCUCACGGGGCACAGCUUGCGCAUCGGCGGCACGCUGCACUAUCUCCUCAAACGUGUUCCUUUUGAUGUCGUACGGGUUCACGGCCGCUGGUUCAGCGACGCGUUCACGCUUUACCUACGUGAACAUGCACGUAUUCUGGCGCCCUAUCUCGGCCCCUCGCCUGCAUUAGCGGAGUUCACUGCCCGCUCACUUCCGCGCAUACGCUAA